CCUCAGCUGCUCCUUCCGCCUGAGAGCAUUUAGAGAUGUCACUAAUAUCUCUUGGUGAUGGUCCCCACAGGAGGCCACCACGCCAUGAAGGAGGGAGAGAUUUUCAACACGCAAUACCAGGUGCUGCACAAGCUGGGCUGCGGCACCUUUGCCACUGUCUGGCUGUGCCAGGACAUGAGGAGGAAGAAACAGGUAGCUGUGAAGGUUCUGAAAAGCAGGGAAGGCUUUGCUGAGACUGCCCAGGACGAGGUUGCUUUCCUCCGCUGUGUGAGCUGCAUGAAGAAGAAGGACCUGGCAGGAGAAAACAUUGUCUGUUUGUUAGACGACUUCAGAAUGAUUGGAGAGAAUGGUUUCCAUAUGUGCCUGGUAUUUGAGGCGCUGGGUCCUUCCCUCCGAUGUCUGAUGGGAAACUACACAGCCCAGGGACUGCCCUUGCCUUUUGUGAAAAAGUCUUUACAGCAGGUGCUGGCAGGGCUGCACUUCCUGCACAAGUGCUGCCGCAUCAUCCACACAGACAUCAAACCGGAGAACAUCCUGCUGUAUGGAUGCAGCAAAAGGCUCCAAAGGCUUCUCACGGAUACACUCCACUGCGACCAGGGAACAGAAGUGAGGCUAAAGGGAGCAGGAGGUGAUCUUGGUAAUCAAUUGGAAGAACCUGAUUUAAUGAGCAUAGAAGUGAAAAUUGCAGAUCUAGGAAGCGCGUGCUGGACAUACAAGCCUUUUUCCAAGGAGAUACAGACCCAGCCAUACCGUGCCCUGGAAGUGCUUCUUGGAUUAGACUACAGCACUCCUGUGGAUAUCUGGAGCACGGCCUGUCUGGCAUUUGAAAUGGCAACUGGGGAGUGUCUAUUUGAUCCUCAACCUGGGAAAUACUUCUCUCGAGAUGAUGAUCAUGUUGCUCGCAUUAUUGAACUCCUGGGAAGAAUUCCUCCUCAAAUUGUUUUCUCAUGGAACAAGUCAACAAAAUUUUUCAGCAGGCCAGGCGCGCUCCUGCGGCUCUCCCGGCUCUCCCCCCGUAGCCUCCCCGGCAUCCUGGCGGACCGGCACGGCUGGACACCGCGGGAGGCGGCCGCCUUCGCCGCCUUCCUGCUGCCCGCGCUGCACUACGCGCCCGAGCGCCGCGCCAGCGCCGCGCAGAGCCUGCGGCACGCCUGGAUCGCCGCACCGUGA